CCUUUUCAUUACAUUUUCCAACUGACUGACACCAUUACGCUUCUCUUCCUUCCUGGGAAGAAGUUAGUUGUUAAACCUUUGCAGCAGUGAAUUGUGGCUAUACUCAAUCAGCAUGGCUGUCACUGGGGGAAUCAAGUGUGUGAAAUAUCUCAUGUUUAUCUUCAACGUUUUCUUCUGGAUUGCAGGUACUGCUGUCUUCGCUGUAGGCUUGUGGCUAAGAUUAGACCCCAAAACCAAAGGCUUGUUUGAAGGACCAGACUCUCCAUAUGUUUUUUAUACAGGUGUAUAUAUCCUGAUAGGUGCUGGAGCACUGAUGAUGGUGGUGGGUUUUCUUGGAUGUUGUGGGGCAAUCCAGGAGUCUCCCUGUAUGCUGGGACUGUUCUUCUUCUUCCUGCUUAUCAUAUUUGCCAUUGAGGUGGCAGCUGGUAUCUGGGGAUUUUCCAACCAAAGCAAGGUGGUGAAUGACAUCACAACAUUUUACAUGCAAACCCACAACAACUACAAGGCAACAGGGGAUGAGCGCCUUAAAGAGACACUAAUUGUGAUUCAAAAAGGGCUGAACUGCUGUGGACCAACAAAUAAACCACAAGAUGCUGCCAAGGACACCUGCCCCCCUCGAGACCUGCUUGAGGGCCUCAUUACAAAGAGCUGCCCUGAUGCCAUUGAUGAGGUGUUUGACUCCAAACUACACAUCAUAGGAGGAGUGGGCGUCACCAUUGGUGUUGUUAUGGUGUUUGGGAUGAUCUUCAGCAUGCUCCUGUGCUGCGCCAUCAGGAAGUCUCGGGAGGUGGUGUGACACCCGCCAUGACACCCUAAACUCUUUGUUAAUGUUGCAUGAUGUUUUUCCUCGAGUCCCAUGACUCUACACUGCCAAUAAAAACACAGCUUGGCCAAGGGUGGAAACCCAAGACAGGCCGGGUGCAGACAUUUUCAUACUAUUUCAUUAUACAUUAAUAACAGCCGAGCUGCUGACACUUAGGCCCACCUUACUGGAAUAUGUUAAUGCAAUGUGGUAAUUUGGCCCAUUUAUAAUAUGGGUGUCAUCUGUGCUUCAGUGACUAUGUAGUACAGAAAUGUGACAUCUUGUGGUCAUUUGAUUGAAAUUAGUGUUUGUGAACAGCUUAUUAUCUAAACAAAAGAUCGUGUUGUGUACUGGUCACAUUUUGCACCUACUGGCAAGAAAAGUCACAAUCUAGGGCCAUCAAAAACACCCGCCAUCACGUCAGCACAACACAGCAGUAGCCAGUGCAACUCUACCAUCCUCUUCUUAAGACGCAGGAGUCAAACCUUGGUGACGAGAAGCCAAUUGAAUACUGAGCCCCCCCCCGCCCCAGUUAGAUUAGAGUAGCACUUUGGGUUUUUUCAUUGUCACGAUUGAUUUGUUCCUUUUAUUUCAUCCUCUUUACAAAAUUGCCUUUCAUUUUGUCACUGUUUUGUUUUUUAAAUUUGUUUUUUUUAUAUAUAUAUAUGUAAAACAAAAAGUAUGCACUUAGCUGGUUCUAUGCUAAAUUGGUGUGAAUGAUGUAUUUUAUAAUGUCAUUAUCAUUUUAAAGAAAUUGAGUUUAUUUAUACCAUAUGCACUGUUUUACAGAGACAUCAAUUAAAAGAACCAAAUAAAGUAAAAAAAAAA